AUGGAUUGUGAAUAAAAUGAUAAUAUAAUUCUACUGGAAGAAAAAUAUGAGAUCGAUAGAAACAAGUAAAUCGGAAGAGGAAGUUAUGGGGUUGUAUAUGAAUGCCGAGAUAGAACAAAACCAAAUUCUGAUCAAAAGUUAUGUGCAAAGAUUACCUAAAUCCUUCAACAUGAUAAAAAGUAAAGUAGGGAAUUUGAAGUAAUGUCCAAAAUAAAAACUGUGGCAAUAGGAAAUCCAAAUAUUAUUUAAGUGAUAGAUGUAUUGGUGCAUGAAGAAAAAAUUGUCAUAAUCUAAGAAAGAUGUUAAUGUGAUCUAGAAUGUUUAAUCAAAUAAAAAAGGAAAGAUAAAAAAAGAUUCACUCCUAAAGAAGCAUUAGAAAUCAUUAAAUAACUAAGCUAUGGAUAUAAAGUACUCAUUGCUGAAAAUAUCAUUCAUCGAGAUUUAAAACCAGGAAAUAUCCUUUUUUUAAAUGAUACUUAUAAAAUUGCUGACUUCGGUUUUGCAAGAGAAGCUCACCCAUAUGGAGAUCAUACAAAAUUAGGAACUCCAGGAUAUUAUUCUCCUUAAGUCGUCUGGUCUUCUUCCUAUACUAACUAAGCUGAUAUCUUCUCUUUGGGGGUUAUUUUUUACAAAUUAAUCUUCGAUAAUAUACCCUUCUAAGUUGGUGAUGAUAAAAUUAUUAAGAAUUCAUUAUUCAAUCUAAAAAACAAUCCCAUUAGAGUUAGCAGAGACUUACCCGAAUUUUAAGCUGAUGAUUCUAUCCCUGAGUUGAUUGAAAGAAUGCUUUUGUAUUAUGAGGAAGAUAGAAUUAGUUGGAGCCAAUUUUUUCAACAUAAAUUAAUCGUUUAAUCUUAUGCCAGCCAACCAACUAAUUUUCCUUAAAGAAUGUUAACCCCAGAUACUGAUAUUGAACAAGAACCCGUAAAAGAGAAAACCAGUUCUAUAAAGCACAAUAUACAAGUAUUUGAUAAUGCCAAAUUUUUACCAUAAAUUUCAAAAUCAAUUUAAGAAGCUUGUGAACAAAAUGUUUUUUAAGCUCCUAAUCUCUUUUAGAGUUAAUAAUAGUAAUAUACAAUUAUGUUAUGUUAACAUUACGAAAUAGGAAUUCUUAUUGCUUACGUUGAAUAUGAGGUCUAUUAAAAUAAGAAUUAUUUAAUUUCAAUAACUCAUUACUAGUACCUCUUUUUAAGAAGAAUACUAUGCAAUUUGGCUUUUAUCUUUCUUAAUAGUGCUAAAAAUGGAUAAUUGCCUUUCAUAAAUUUCAAAUAAGAAUGCGAAAAAUUCUUUACUGCUUAACAGGUAGUUGUUAUUUUCAAUUUUAAGACUUUAAAAAAGGAAUUUCAAGCUAAUAAAUUACCUUACAAUGAUGAAAAACUGGAUAUUCAGAAUUAGGAUAAAUUUAUUGAGGACUUAAAACAGUUUAUGAAAUAACCUGGACUGAAAUAUAACAGUAAGAAUAUCUACUAUUUUCGAUAUCAAAGAUUGUUAGGCUAAUAUAUUCAUUACAUAAGUUAGCAGAAGCAAGCGACAAAACCUUAUAUUAGAUUGUUUUGGAAAUUAAGUAAAAGCAUGACAAUUUAGGUUUAGUAAUUAAUUAUUUGA